GAUAGUGUUGCUAUAUACAUGACUGUAGCGCGCAGUGCGCUGUGGGGUUCUAUGCAUUAAAGGUCUCUCUCUCUCUCUCUCUCUCUAGGGGGUGAUACACUUAUCUGUAUUACACCGAGCAUCGCUGUCAUUAACAAAUUGGUUUGACUAAUAAAACAGAGGGUUGUUUUAGCUAACCUUGCGAUAGGUUUCUCCCCGGAGUGCCGUGUUGAAAAAAAAAAAAAACACAUACAAAGACACUCGGAUAAUUAAAGGAUUCGUCUUGGGGAGCUGUUUCCAGGACGAGUUUUAUUUGAUUAGGUUUCUUUUUAACAACUUUAACAAGAUUUGUGGCACCGCGAAAUCCAUUUAGGAUCGCUAUAAUGUGAUUUAAAAGUCAGCCACUCUUCUGUAUGGUUUUUCUACUAGCGGGACAGCGGGACUGGUUGACCCGUGGAGAGGCCUCCGAGACACUUAGGAGCAUUGGAGAAGCUGCAGUUAUGUAUUUUUUUUUAUUUGGUGUGUGUUAAUGGUGUUUUAGAAGCCAUGGGAACGCUCCGCCGCACAGGCAGAACCGGACAACUUUAAAAGGGACUGGGAAACUCGUUAAAUACGGAUUUAUACUGGGAUUUUUAAACCGAAGUUUUUAUCUAUUCCAAUUCCAACGAAGGAGUGUCUCCAACCGUUUGAGACACAGAACCACAGGGGCAAACCAUUUCUAGUCGGCGGAACCAGCUAUAACUUAUACUCACGCACAAACGAACGCUCUCGUUUCUUUAGCUAUAAAAAAAGCGGCUGCUUUGAAAUUCUGGGCAGUGGUUCGGCUGUGCCGUGCUGGACCGGACUCUGUGUCUGCGCUCGUCCGUUCUGUACACAAACGGAUUGGAUUUGAGAUCUCUGUUUCGAACUCUUCUGAGAGGAGAGCUCGAUGGAAUAAUUCAUAGUAAUCAUAAUAAUAAUAAUAAUAGUAAUAGUAUACUGAAACCAGAAAUGGCAGUUUUCAGGACGCUGUUUCCCACUUUCCUCGGAUUGCUGUCGUGUUUAUCGAGGCGAGGGCUUUCUGAAUCCACUCCGGUACCGACACCCCCGGAUGAGAGCACGGAGAUGGUGGAUUGGCUGAUGCGGUACGGCUAUCUCCCGCCCCCUGACCCCUCCACUGGUCAGUUGCAGACGUGGGAGGCGGUCACUCAGGCCAUCAGGAGCAUGCAGAGGUUCGCUGGGAUCGAGGUGACCGGAGUUAUGGACGGAGAGACCCUGGCAUUGAUGAACACACCUCGAUGUUCCUUACCCGAUAUCACCGGGGAGGGGGGUCUGAGCGCUCCGGAGGAGGGGGCGUGGGGACCCCCGAACUCAGAGGAGGGAACACACAGCCCCCGAAACACACAGAGAGGAAAGAGGAGGAGAAGGAGGAGACGCGAUGCGGGACAGGGCUGGCCAAAGAGAAACAUCUCCUGGAGGGUGCGUUCGUUCCCCUCCCCCUCCUCUCUCUCCAGGGAGACUGUGCGUUCCCUCCUCUUCUACUCUCUCCGCGUGUGGGCGGAGUCUACGGCGUUGGAGUUCCACGAGGUGGGCGUGACCGGGGAGGCGGACCUGCAGGUGGACUUCCUGCGCGGUUCCCACGGCGACGGCUUCGCGUUCGACGGGCCGGGAGGGGCGGUGGCUCACGCCUUCUUCCCCUCCGACCCGCGGAGAGCCGGAACCGUUCACUUCGACCGGGACGAGAACUGGACCUUCAGAGCCCCCGAAUCCCACGGGACGGACCUGUUUGCGGUGGCGGUCCACGAGUUUGGCCACGCCCUCGGGCUCUCUCAUUCGUCGUCGCGCCGGUCAAUCAUGCGGCCGUACUAUCAGGGUCCGGUCGGAGACCCUCUGCAGUACAGACUGAGCUCUGAAGACCAGAGGCACAUAAUACAGAUCUAUGGUGAAAGAGAACCCUACACAGAAAUGCAGGGACCCGAAGCCACCGGCCCACCUGCGUUACCUGAGCAGCCCAAAGCAGCAGCGGCCGCCAGGAUUCCCAGCGACGCGCCAGACCGCUGCUCGACCAGCUUCGAUGCUGUUGCCGUGAUCCGGGGAGAAACAUUCUUCUUCAAAGGACGAUAUUUUUGGAGGUUGACCCAUUCGGGACAUCUCUCUUCCUUCCAGCCGGCCCAGAUCCACCGAUUCUGGAGCGGACUGCCGGCCGGACUGGACUCUAUCGACGCAGCCUACGAGCGAGCCAGCGACCACAGGAUCGUCUUCUUCAAGGGUUCACAGUACUGGCUCUUCAGGGGCCUGACUCUAGAAGAUGGGUCCCCUCGUCCCGUCUCUGAUUUCGGACUGCCCCCCGGGUCGGUGAUCGAGGGGGCUCUGUCCUCUCCGCUCGACAGGAAGACCUACCUCCUGCAGGGGGCGCUAGUGUGGAGGUUCGAUGAGGAGAGCGGGGCGAUGGACCCGGGGUACCCCGUCGGGAGGCAGAGCUGGAGGGCAGCGCCAGAGGAAGGGGGCGUCGAUGACGUCAUGAGCGACCAAGAGGGUUCAGUCUAUGUCUUCAAAGGUCUCCAGUACUGGAAAUUCCUGUCUCAAGACUCCGCCCCCCAGCCUGGCUACCCCCAUUCCACUGCAGCCGAUUGGCUAGACUGCCCUGACUCCUCGCCCUCCGCCUCAGACAGCGUCUCAGCAGCUCCCCCUAGAGUGAGACAGGAGCACCGAGAAGUUCCUGGCAUUGACAGAUGCUCUUGCCUUAAACAGACAGCAGGGGGCAGUGUGACUCUCUCCCCACACUGGACAGUAAUCUCUGUACUAAUUGCAGCCUGGGCUAAACUAAUUCUCUGAAUGCUUUUGAAAUAUAACCAGGUCUUUAACAUUUUAACUCUGGGUUUCCUAACCCUGGUCCUAGGGGAGCCCUGUGUGUGUGGAGUAGUGGUUAGGGCUCUGGACUCUUGACUGGAGGGUUGUGGGUUCAAUCCCAGGUGGUGGGACACUGCUGCUGUACCCUUGAGCAAGGUACUUUACCUAGAUUGCUCCAGUAAAAACCCAACUGUAUAAAUGGGUAAUUGUAUGUAAAAUUAAUGUGAUAUCUUGUAACAAUUGUAAAUCGUCCUGGAUAAGGGCGUCUGCUCAAAAAUAAAUAAUAAUUCCAACUGAAUUAAACCUUUUUAGUUCUCAGCUCUUAAAAAGUUGCCAAUUUAACUCUAAAACUGCAGAGUUAACUUGAAAUCUCCAACCGUUUAAAAGCUGAAAACAAUUCAAAAGGUCUAUUGAAGCUAAUGGAUAGUGCAGUGAAGGGUCUAGUGAAGUUAUUGAGAGCUCAGUUGGAAUGAAAACUAGCAGACGCAUACAGGGGGUCCCUAGGACUGGGGUUGUGAACCCCUGCUUUAACCCUUUACAGUCCAUUUAUUAAGUGCGCGUCAGGCGCGUCAGGUCCAAUUUAUUUUCACACGGGCAUUUAAUUUUAUACGCGCUGUUUAAAAGUAUUUUUUUUCACAGUCAAACGGGUUUAAAUGGCCCUGCAUAUCAACAAAGCACUUAUUAGGCAUCUCCAGCCCCGCCCCACCCUUUUGUUCGCUGUCGCUUUCACAUAUGCUAAGAAAUAAAUAAUAAUAAUAAUAACAAUAACAAUAACAAUAAUAAUAAUAAUAAUAAUAAUAAUAAUAAUAAUAAUAAUAGUUGUACAUACCGAUCAAUCAUCUCCUGAUCUGCAAAUGUCUCUGAUAUUCUCUGAGCGCUGAUGCAGUCACAGCCAGCUUGUUUCCUUAUGGCCGCCCCUAUCUGAUGCCAGGGGCAAGUAUGACGAUUCAUGAGAUACACCCUUUUUUUCGGCUUUGGACCGGAUAGGAAUUUGCAAUGUCGGACCUGACCGCAAAGGGUAAAGGUAGAAGGUGGCAGACAGCCAUGGACACUCGUUCACUGUGCAGCUCUGGAAUUUUAGGAUUGAAAAUUUUUUUUAACACAUUUUUACCUUUCAAACACAUUUUAUUAUUAUUUUUUAUUAUUGAUAAAUAGGAUACUUUGAAGAAGCCUCUGAAUGGCAGUGAGUGUCAAAUAGGUGGCGAAUGUAUUAAAAAUCCUGUCGUGUUUUUUUUAAAACUCUGGUUCAUUUUUUUAAUAUCAAAUGAAGCGAGAAU